AUGCUUUAUUUAACCAAUGAUCUGGGGUUGUUGCCCUUCUUUUUGCCACUGGGUGUGAUUGGUGCAUACCGUUAUCUUUGGUAUCUCAUCCGUAUCAUUGCAUGGCUUACAUACAGCCCACGACGACCACGAGCAAACCCAACAUACAAUGCUGAACAAGAUGUCACUAUCAUUGUACCAACUAUCGACGCCGGUGAAGAAUUCAAGAUUGCAGCACGAAGUUGGCUAGCUUGUAAACCAAAAGAGAUCAUUAUUAUUACAGAGACAAAAAUGCUGGGACCACUUCAGGAACUCGCCAACGAGGUUGACCCAUCUAAAAUUCGUGUCCUCACCGUACCCAGAGCCAACAAACGACUUCAAAUGGUUGCCGGUGUAAAUGCAACCACAACUGAAAUCCUUGUAUUUGCUGAUGACGAUGCGAUCUGGAAGCCAACAAUGCUCGAUUAUAUCCUUGCAUGCUUUGAAGAUAUGAAGAUGGGUGGUGUGGGUACCAGCCAAAAGGUGCACGCUGUUAAUCCUAAUGGACGCCAAACGAUGUGGGAAAUCUUGGCAGGUUUUCGAUUAACCAGUCGUAACAUUGAAAUUGCUGCAUCCACGCAUAUCGAUGGUGGUAUUUGCUGCUUGUCAGGUCGCACAGCUGCUUAUCGUACACUUAUCCUCAAGGAUCCUGCUUUCCAAUAUUGCUUCACCAAUGAUUUAUGGGUCGGCAAGUAUCCAUUGAACUCUGGUGAUGAUAAGUUCCUUACGAGAUGGAUGGUGUCUCAUGGAUGGAAUACGUAUGCACAAAUCUGCAAUGAAGCCGAGCUUGAUUCAACAUUUAAAAACAACUGGCGAUUCCUCAAACAAGUACUGCGAUGGACCCGUAACACGUGGCGAUCCGAUUUUCGCUCCCUGUUUAUGGAGAGAUACAUUUGGACACGCCAUCCCUAUGUUGCCUUUACCAUGGUGGACAAGAUCUUUAAUCCUUUCACGCUUCUCGUUGGCCCGGUGUUGGUCACCAUUUUUGCUGUCAAGCAAACAGUCUUCAUCCCUCAAGAAAUGAAUCCCUUGCCAGGAUGGAACAUUGCUGUAUCAUACAUUUGUUGGUUAUUGCUUACUCGAUUCGUCAAGCUGCUACCACACUUUUUACGUCGACCACAAGAUGUUUGGGUGAUCCCAGCGUGGCUCAUUUUCAACUAUUACUUUGCCAUCAUGAAAAUCUACGCCUUAUUUACAUUGCACGAGGUUGGUUGGGGUACGCGUGCUGGUGUAGGCACUGAAUUGGCUGCCAAUAUCAAGGAAGAUCCACAAGAAGAUGAUCAUCAUCCUGAAGUCAAGAUUGAGAUGGCUGAAAUGCAACAUCAACAGCAACAACCAUACGACCCAGCUCAUCAACAACAAGGAUACCAGCAUCAACAAGGAGGGGUGCACAAUGACAAGCAAUGGUGA